UCAAUAAAGGGCGAAUUUUACCAUUAAAUUUGUGUUAUCACUUUCCAAUUAUUUAUUGGAUUCUUAAUAUUUCUUUUUUACACUGAGUGAUUCAGAGCAUACACACAGUAACGCGUAAAAUGAUUCAAAACAUAAUUGACUUCUGCAAUUACUGGUGGUUUCGCUAUCUUAUGGUCACUGAGCUGUAUAUGGUCGAAAAAUGGGAACGUGUUACCAUUCAUGUGAUUUUUGCGGUACUCUUUUGCCUAUUUUGGUACUUUAAUUAUUCGGUGCUUUUAUCGUUCACGGGUAGUGUACUUGGUAUUACACCUAUCUCCAGCAUCGUCGAGCAACAUAGUAGCAAAAUUUUGUAACUAUAGCAGUUCCAUUCAACAUUGGUCAAUCAAUAAUAGUGAAAUAUUCCAUAUCUGAAAAUGUAAUGGAAACCGUAGUCAUAAUAAGUGUUUUAAAGUGAAGAUGGAGCCACUGAAUAACCAAAAUAUUUAUUAGAAAAAUAAAGUUAUUGAAGGUAACUCAUAAUGCCGCAUCCUAACAAAGACAAAAUAGCGAACGUUAUAUUUCAUAAAGGGCACUGAUCCUUGAAACAUAACCAAAUUCACUUUUUUAUUUACUUUUUGUCCUGCUUAAAUAGUAUGUUGUUGUAAGUAGAAUCAUCAAAAAACAGUAAUUUUGUUAUAUAUGUAUAGACAAUAUGCUAAAUAGAAAACUUCGUUCAUUAUGCUGUAAACGGAAUAAAUGCUCCGCUGCAAUGAGAUGGGCUAGAGCGAACGAGA